AUGGCAGAGCUGAAGGCGCAAAAGGUCUUGGAAGCUCAUACACGACCCCUCACUCAACCCGCUUCAGCUGAACCUCGCAGCACCCAUCGAUUCAAGGCCUUCAAAGGGCUAUUCCGAUCUGGUCAUGCUAAACCGACUCGCGUCCUGAAGGCGCUUCAGGCAACAUGGAAUACCGUGCGCAAGGCCAUGGGAAGGAUCGCCGAGACAGACAUCAACAAGUACUCUUUCAGAACUAUUGAGGGGGAAGAUGCCACUGUUGAUACCUGCCUAACGAUUAACACGGAUGCGUCUCUGAGUUCUACCGACGUGGUGAUUCCUUUCCGUGUUGACUCUGUGACCAGUUGCAAUGGCCAGAACCAUUCCGAUCCCUUCUCGGACUUCUUCCGUGUGAUAAAUGAAGACGCCCGCCGAAGCCACCUCUACGCAAUCACCAUUGAAGGUGCUGAUUUGUCGCUAUGGUAUCUAUCUCGAUCAGAAUGUGUUAAGUCUACUCCGUUCAACAUGGUAGAGCGCGCCGACCUCCUCAUCCAGGCGUUCAUCUCGCUGAUGUCAGCCACGGAUGAGAAACUCGGUUAUGAUCCUUUGGUCACCCUGCUCCCGGACCUUACCUACGUCUACGAACUGCCACCAGAUGAAGGUAGAAAAGACGCUCUCUACUACCAGACUGUCGAGCUCGUUUCCGAGUUCCACUCCGACGAUCCUGUCGGGCGCAGCGCGCGGGUUUGGAAGGUGAAGCAGGUGGUCUCCCCCACUGAUCUGAAUCGCGUUCCCGAGACUUCCGACAGAAUCCUCAAAGACGUUUCCCUCGAUGCACGCAUGAAACCCGAGGUGGAUAUUCAGCGACAGCUCUUCGCUGAUAUCGCUGCUUUCGGGAAACGUCCUGACUGGCGUACCGCGAACGUUUUGAAGGAUAUGCGAGACGAGGAUGUCAAGACGCUCGCGGAUGCCUUUGACGGGGACAACUUCAAGAGAUAUUUCUCGUGCAUCAUGGCAAGUCACGUCGGCAAGGCCUACUCCCCGGCUAUUCCCCUCACCAACAACUGCAGCCCGAGCUGUUUGCCCAAGCGCCGGUGUUUAUACGCUUACGAAUUCGUCUGCACGCCGCUCCACGACAUCCCUACACUCGGAGAAGCUAUCGACAUCCUCAAGCAGUGUCUGACAGCAAUGCGGCUUAUGUAUUGCGCUGGGUGGAUCCACCGUGAUAUCAGUGUUGGAAAUAUCCUAGCCUCUCGUAACACGCCCGGGGCUGUCUGGGAGGUGAAGCUGUCCGAUCUCGAAUUCACGAGGAAGUUCCUAGACCCAGAGAUUUCCAGUGAUGAGAAGCCAAUCGGCACUCCAUUUUUCAUGUCCUGCGAGCUGCAAACUGGCAUUCCCAUUACACCGGACCCAGAUCUCGCUGCGGAGCUCGACCGCGAUAGAGACUCCGAAUGGUCGGAAGAAGAUUCUGAAGAGCUCCAGCCAAUACUACACAACUUCCAGCACGAUCUUGAAUCUAUCUGGUGGAUAAUCCUCUGGCUUGUGACCGCCCGGCUUCGCGGUUGUUCAUCGCGCGAAUGGAGCAGUAACUUCUUUAAACAAACAAACAGCCACUGGUAUGGCAGCAGACGUGAAUCGCUCCUGUGCGGUGUAAAGCCAUUUCAUUUGGGAACGGACUUUCCAAGGGAUCUUCCAGCGAGCCUUCUCGGGGACCGCUUAAGCUUCAUACGAUGGCUUGAUGCCUUCAGGCUUGAUCUGUGGCGCUCGUACAAACUGCGGUACAAAACAAAAGGACAGGAAGAUCCAGGCAGUUAUUCGUGGAUGAUGGGCAAGGGCGCCUCCAAGUUCUUCCGCGGCAUUGAAAAAUCUCGGGAGGCGUGGGCUUCUGUCCAACUCAUUGUCGAGACAAAGCUACGGGAGGCUAGGCAGACACCCCCUCAGCCACCGCCGUCCAGGAAGCGAAAAGCGGAGGUGGUAGUGGGAGUUCCCAGUAUUGGUAACCGGGCCCCGGCGGAUGAACAACGUGAAGAGAAGCAGCCUCAUCGGCCUCGAAAACGACUGCGACUCGCAGCGCCCGACUCCACCGCUCAGAAUCACCAACGCUCGAGACCCGUGACGAGGUCGAUGACGAGGGAACAACGCAACGCAGGCCCGACGACGAGAUCCAUGACACGCCGCCUCCAGCAAUCCGCUUCUGGCUCCUCCCGACUGACGGGAUCCUCAAAUAGGCGAACUCGUACAUAG